AUGCCUGACAUCGACUUUGAUGCCGGUGCGGGCUGUGAUGUCCUCGUCACCAGCACGUACAGCGGAAACCCGACUUCCUGGCCCGUUCACUCAGUCAAAGUCCAUGGAUCUUCCAAGGCUCUAGGAGACAUGAUUGACGACACCAUCUCGUCUGGAGGUUUCGACAAAGUCGCGGCCUUGGACAAAAACCCGCGUAUCGCUGAGGCGACUCUGCAGCACAUCUGCAAGGGGAGACAGGACGACUGCCAUACGUUUGAUCUUGCGGGAAUGGAGAUGUUCUCUGAAAGUCCCAACCUGCUUCUCUUCCACUUGGAGGUCGCUCGCAUUGCGUUCGAAGUCGGAAUCUACGUGCUCCGGUAUUCAGGCCUAUUCUCGACUGGUGCUUUGGGUGCUGACUAUCCAAACAGUUCUAUCGGCGAGAGCCGCUUCGUUGCGGAUCUGCAGACGUCCUGGCAGCCACGCAGCUUUGUGGAUGUCCUGCGCUACAUCUUCGCUCCGACACCAUUUUCAACUUGCACAGCUACCGUCGUCAAAGCGGCUGUGUUCAGCUUGGUCGAGAGCAAGCGCAAGGACAUGGUCUUGCGGACUACAGAGGUAGAGCACAUUGCCAUAACCUUGAAGCCUGUCCCUAGCUUUGCCUACGAGAUGUAUAUCCGUACUAUCCUCGAAGAGGUUACUGGAGUUUUGAAGCACUUAGGCAGCUUGACAAGUGCGUCGGAGAAAGGGCACAGUGCCAUAUUCUCGUCGCAGACCUCCCUUCGGAUGGGCAAAGUGUUUGAUGAGAUCUUGAGACGGAGCAGCGUGGUGAAGAUGCUCAGAAUCAGCACCAUAAAGGGGCGUUGCAUACCAUCGAACUUGAAUCGCUGCCAUUCAAGUCGAUCUAGCAACCUCGAAAGAAGCAGAUAUGGAAACCGCGUUCCAUCAUCUGUGCCAGCCUCUACGCUUUCAGUCUCGAAGAACAGCCGGUACCCACUCCUUGGCCUACGUGCCUGGAAGGAAGCGGUUGUUGAAACUGCGUUUCAUCAUCAGCUGUAA